AUGAAAGAAUCAAAGGAUUAUUUAUUGUUGGAUUUGAAUUCCGAGGAGAACGAUGAGUAUGACAAUGAAGUAGAUACCAGUUUAACACAUAGAAGACACUCGAAAAAGGUAUCAGCGAAAGAGAAAGAAUCUAUGCAAGCCAUCGAAUCAUUGGAUUUCUCAGAGAUUGACAACAUUCUUCUAAGGAAAUAUACAAAUCAACUAAAAAGAAGCGAGAAAAUUAUGAAAUCACUUGGUAAAUGGGUGAUUUGCACACUCAUCGGUAUCAUUGUUGGUAUCGUAGUAUAUUGUCUAAAGAAAUCAGUGGAUGAACUUCAAGAGUUAAAGUUUCAUUCAAUUGAAAAAUGUCCGUUGGCAAGUAGUUCGGGUUUGCCAGAGAGUUUCCUCUAUACCUACACUGAGUUGAUUCCAUUCUGCAUCAUGGGAAUCAUUGGUGGACUGUUGGGUGCCCUCUACGUCUAUAUGAACGUUCGUAUCAACUACUACCGUAAAGUAUACUUGGGAAAUCGUCCACUCUAUAGACUGGCAGAGGUUGCCAUUAUCGUGCUCUUGACUUCGGUCAUCUGUUUCUUCCCGGCGAUGGUAGUGAAUUGCCGUGCCAUUCCAAAUAUCGUCCAGUCUUCCACCGACGUCUGUGAUGUCGCCGAGGAAAGUCCAACCGUCCAAUUCUUUUGUCCAAAGGAUUUCUACAAUCAACUGGCAUCACUCACCUUUACCACCUCUGAAAAUGCAUUGAAGCUGCUGUACAGUCGUGAUUCCAACAUCUUUACAGCAGGCACACUAUUUGGAUUUACAGUGAUGUUCUUCCUAUUGUGUGUCGUCACCUCCGGUGUCUAUGUGGCAUCGGGUAUUUUCAUUCCGAUGAUGUUGAUCGGUGGUGCUUGGGGACGUCUUUUCGGUAAGUUCAUCGAUGCCUAUAUCUUACGUGUCGAUCCAUCGUUGUAUGCACUGAUCGGGUCGGCCGCUAUGAUGGGUGGAAGUUUGCGUAUGACCAUCUCACUGGUCGUUAUCAUUGUAGAACUCACCGAGGGUACUCAAUACCUGCUGCCAGUCAUCUUGGUGGUAAUGAUUUCCAAGUGGACCGGUGACGCAUUCAACGAAUCCAUCUACGAACAUCUCAUCGAACUGAAACACAUUCCCUACCUCCCAAGCAAACCCUCACGAUACAUGUCGAAACUAACUGUUUCCGACGCCAUGGCAACCAACGUCAUUACACUGCCAGAAGUUGUUUCCGUUCGUCAAGUACUGGAAGUUCUCCAUAAUUCACCACACAAUGGUUUCCCAGUUGUAUUACUUCCUCAUCUUCAUGAAUCAGAUAAUAGUACCAACAACAACAACAACAAUAAUAAUAAUAAUAAUAAGUCAAAUAAUGAUUCAUACCAAUCGAGUUCAGGUAAUUCCUCACCAUUCCUACCAAAUAGUCCAGACAGCUUUAGAUCAUCGCUGAACAGUGAUUAUAGUGUAAGAGAUGGAAGUGCUACCUUUAGACAAUCGACCAACAAACUUAAGGAGGUUCAACUCUUCCAAAGUCAGAAGGAGGGUAAGGUGUUGUGUGGUCUCAUACUGAGAAGUCAGCUGCUGAUUCUCAUCAAACAUAGAAUAUUCAUUGAAGCGGGAUCGGCACAGGCCGAUAUGAACUUCCUCCAAGACGUUGACUUGCCGAUCGAUCAUCGUUUGUUUGUCACAGAGCUGGCGUCGAAACUGCCAACCAUUCAACAACUUUCAAACAACCUCACACCACAACAAAUGGACAUGGAAAUCGAUCUGCGUCCCUACAUGAACUUUGCCGUCGUCAGUAUCAAAAACUACAGUUCACUCUCAGAGGCAUACAAACUAUUCCGUCUGGUCGGUCUGAGACACGUCGUAGUAGUCAAUGUAUUCAACCAAAUCGUCGGAAGUGUGACAAGUUAA